AUGCCUCUUUUCAUUUCCUCUCUCCCCUCUCUUUUAACUCUUUCCUUCAGCUCUGCCAAUAUCCCAGGAUACACCGGGAAGGUUCAUUUUGCAGCCAGCCACCCGGCAAAUCCUGAUAUUCCAUCAACAACCCCAUCACCAGACUCAGAAGUGCACCGCAUCUUACGGAAAGAAAUGGAAGUUGGUGUCUUCCGUCACCAGGCACCGCUGUCUCGAAUGGUCACAACUGUAAAACCCUACAAUCCUUUCAAUAAGAAGCAACAGAAAACUGUAGGAUACUGACAAAGGCCUACCCUCCGAGUGGGACUCAUAAACCUCAGCCUUGGGGAAGCA